CUGGGCAUUAGCUGCGCCACCGCUGACCGCCGCGUGGCGCCGGCCGCGGCAACGUCUACCAGUCAGAGUGACAUCGACAGCGGCAACGAGAGAGUCUACCGAGGCAGAUGCAAGUGGUUCAACGUUCUCAAGGGAUGGGGCUUCAUCAGUCCGGACGCGGAUGUCGGUGGAAGGGACGUCUUCGUGCACCAGUCGACGCUGCAGAUGCCCGGAUUUCGUAGCCUCGAUCAAGGCGAAGAGGUGGAGUUCACCGUCAGGCAAGCGGACAGGGGCUGCGAGGCGGUGCGGGUUACCGGCCUGAACGGCGCCGAUUGCAAAGGCAGCAGCGUACAUCCGAUAGGCAAAAAGAAAUUUCGUCUCAUCAGGUAA